CGGUCAGCUGACAGGCACGUGACAAUGCACGUCACAUGACUGGUGGCUUGUCGGCGUCAGCCGAGGUGAAGCCGGUCUCUGAUGACGGUGAUGCCGGUACCCCGGGGAAAAUGAAGUGGCACUGAAAUGAGAGAGUUUUCAGCAGUUGUUGAGAAGCUAUCACCAUGUCGACCAGAAGGCUGAAAAAUGAAGACUACAAUGAUUAUAGCUCAAUGGAAAACAGCCCAGACAAUGACAGCUCAUACUCUUCACCGGACACCUCAGAGACGCAACAAAAUCUGGGCAAUUACCAGCGUCUAAAUGAAAACACAGGCACCACGUGUAUACAGACGUUAAUUCACUUGUUGAAAGGCAACAUCGGAACUGGGUUACUUGGCCUUCCUCUGGCAGUGAAGAAUGCGGGUAUUGUGCUCGGUCCAAUCAGCCUGGUUAUCAUGGGAGUGGUGGCUGUACAUUGUAUGCAAAUGCUGGUUAAAUGCAGUCGCCAUCUAAGUGUUAGAUUAAAUAAGCCAUUUCUGGAUUAUGGCAAUGUUGUGAUGUGCAGUUUGGAAGAAUCCCCCAACUUGAGGCUCAAGAAGAAAUCCAAUGUUGGAAGGUGGUUUGUGGAAUUCUUCUUGCUCCUAACCCAGCUGGGGUUCUGCUGUGUUUACUUUGUAUUUCUGGCUGACAACAUUAAGCAGGUUGUGGAUGCAGCAAACAUUACAACUAAUGACUGCAGUCGAAAUAUCUCCACGGUUGGAUAUGGAAGCAUGGACAGCCGCCUGUAUAUGCUGAGCUUUCUGCCGUUCAUCAUUCUGUUGGUCUUCAUUCCAAACCUGAAGUACCUGGCUCCUUUGUCAAUGCUAGCCAACCUAGCUAUGCUUGUGAGCCUUGUCUUGAUUUAUAUCCACCUCUUCUCCCAUAUUUCACAUACGUCAGAUCUGCCAAAAGUUGGUGAUUGGAAAUCUUUUGCAAUGUUUUUUGGAACAGCUAUAUUCGCAUUUGAAGGCAUUGGUGUGGUGCUUCCACUUGAAAACCAGAUGCAGAAACCACAUAAAUUUCCGAUAAUUCUGUAUUCAGCUAUGUCAAUUGUGACAACUUUGUAUGUAAUCACUGGAGUUCUGGGAUACAUUUGCUUUGGAGCUGAUAUUAAAGGAAGUGUAACCCUCAAUUUGCCACCUUGCUGGUUGUAUCAGUCGGUGAAGAUUUUGUAUUCUUUCGGAAUCUUCAUUACCUAUGCCAUCCAGUUUUUUGUUGCAGCAGAGAUUCUCGUCCCCUUAGCAGUAGCCAGGGUUUCUGAACGCUGGAAGCUGUGUGUCAGCCUGGUAGUUCGAAGUGUCCUCGUCAUCCUCACGUGUCUCCUGGCAAUCCUGAUACCCCGUUUGGAAAUUGUAAUCUCAUUAGUUGGGUCAGUUAGCAGUAGCACACUGGCUUUAAUCAUCCCUCCUCUUCUCGAAAUUACCACGUUCCAAAGCGAAGGUAUGAGCUGGUGGAUCGUUGCCAAAAACAUCUUGAUCAGCCUGGUGGGCUUCUUAGGAUUUUUGAUGGGAACCUAUGUGUCCAUUGGACAGCUGAUCUUUCAAACAGUACCUAUGACCAAUGUGACAAUUAAUCACUAAAAAGUUAGUUAGGUUUUACUCUCUUGCUUUGUGUCCUAAAUCAUAUGGAUUUGUUUUCCGAAGCACUUUACUGUGAGUUCUGUGCAGAUUAAUACGUAACAGUUUACACAUGACGUUUAUUUUUAAGGUAGGAGCAAAUGUUAUUUUUGGAGAAAAUGCACAUGGUUUUAUUCUCCUGAUUUUAGCUUUUGACAUUUGUAGAUGAAAAUGCCCAUGCUCAUAACUCUAACAGUAGCCUGCGGAAACUGAAAAUUAUGCAGAGUGGGUAAUGCAUAGAACAGGGAAUGAAAUCGUGGUUGCUCACUCUAGGAGCAGCCAAGUUCUGAUUUGGAAUGGGCAUUUGCAUGUUUUUAAUCUGAGGAGAAAUGGAUUGUUUCGAUUUGUUUCUCCAUGCUUGAAUUAUAACAAGGAAAUUGUUGAUCAGUGUAUCUAGAUAACGGGUCUUUCUGCGGUAGCUAUUACUAUUUAGUUUUAGUGUGAUGUGUUUAACACAAUAGUAGCAUAUCUGUUGCAGUCUUUAGUUUAGAAACACAUUUUAAAUGCCAAAAGGGAUUUCAAUUUCCAUGAAUCAGGUACAGAAAGUGGCCAUUCCUAGGCUAACCUCUUGGUUAUGUCCAUUAAGGCUUAGCUAAAUAUCUAAGGAAAAUCAGAUUCAGACCCUCAUUUCUUGAUUUACUGAAUCAAGCAAAGUCAUGCUCUAUUAGUUUCAAUUCCAAAUUGGAUUUAGGAUAGAAUGUAUACAUUUCCUAGCCUCUACUGGCAGGGAACAUGACAAUUUAAAAAAACAUGAAAUACGAGUGAUUUUGGGAGAAAAACGGGAGCUAGAUGCAGACAAGCAACUUGUCCCUCUACCACAAAGGAAUCAGGUUGACCAAUUAUUCAUUUUUAAUUUUACAUAUUUGUGUAAAGUGACUUAGGUGUGGCUAUUUUUCAGGAUUUCAAAAUCUAACCUAAUCCAGAAAUGUCAUAUGUCAAUCUAGAGUGAAUUCUGUCAAAACUCCUUCUGAAGCUGAUUUCUGGUUGAACUUCCAUGCUAUGUAUUCAGCUUUUAUUAUGAGCCUUUUUUGAUCAGUGGUAAUUCAAUAUUAAGACGUAGAGCACAUGGACAUAAUUUCAUAUUGAGGUAAACUAGUUAAACGUGCUCCAAAAUGUUAUUGAACAUUGCCAAGCUCUCAGGCACACACCUGGGGAAUUUUAUUCCAUUAUGGAAAUUAAAAAAUCAAGGUUUCAAGGCAAAGAGUGAAAUAAAGCCCUCUGUACAGUGGGGAAAAUUUGGUUACGAUGAUAGACCUUAAAACACUGGGUGCACACCUGGGCCAUUCGGCCCAUUGAGUUGAUUCUGCAGGUUACUGCCAGUUUUAAGAUCUGACUCCACGAUUACACAAAUGGUAGACGAGCCUUUUUGUUGCAGUACGUGAAACAUUGGGAGAGUAAGUGAAUGUUGCAUAGAUUCAGAAGUAGGUUUAGGCAGCAUGCCUACUGUAACACUUCAGGCUGAUGGAAAAGUAAAUCCUCCAUCAUUUUGAUUGUAUUAUUUAACCAUAUAACAUAUAACAAUUACAGCACGGAAACAGGCCAUCUCCGCCCAUCUAGUCCGUGCCAAACGCUUACUCUCACCUAGUCCCACCGACCUGCACUCAGCCCAUAACCCUCAUUGUAUGUAGAGAUUUCAAAGUUUUUGCACCUCAUUCAAGUGACACUCUCAAAACUAUCUGUGUAAUCUCAAAAAUGAAUUGCAUUUCAAGAACAGCUUUUUGAUAUACCAAAUCAUCCAAAGGCACUUUGCAAAAUGUUUACCUGAAAAAAAAAGAGGCAAAGUUUGUAGCAUGUUGUGUACUGCGCUAUUAAUAUUAUGUGAUGUAAGGAUUAUACAAGUGUUCUAAGUACAUUAAUGUAGACUGUGGCUUUAGCCACAGCUUAUUAUGAAUUAAUUUGACUGUAUACAAUUUAUUGUGCUUGGGUGCUAUACAGACUACUAUAAUAGAAAUGCAGGUCCCUUUAUUACAAACGAGAAAAUCUCCAGAUGCUGGAAAUCCAAGCAACACACACAAAAUGCUGGAGGAUACAACAGGGUAUUGUAGGAGUCUCUUAGAUAGGUCUAUGGAGCUUAGGAAAAUAGAGGGCUAUGCGGUAGGGAAAUUCUAGGCAGUUUCUAGAGUAGGUUACGUGGUCGGCACAACAUUGUGGGCUGAAGGACCUGUAAUGUGCUGUAGAUCUCUGUGUUUCUAUGAAACUGCCUUGCCUGUUGAGUUCCUCCAGUAUUUUGUACAUUAAAUGUUACUUUAUAAUUGUUCUAACAUUUAUAAUUGUUAUUACAAGUUUCAAAUGUGCUUUUUUGUGUAAUGUGAUGGAGAGAAUGAAGGGAAUAUAUGGUCAGGCAAAGUGAGGUGAUACUCAAUUUUUUUGUUAUCUCUCUCUCUCAUCUCCAUCCUCUUGUGUGAGAUAAAUGAUUACAUCUCUUAAAUAACCAGUUUGAGUGUUAAACUAUAUUUGUAUAUUUUGGGCAUUAUUUCAGAUCUGCAAUUCAUGGUAUAUCUUACUGGAACCUCCUCAGGGUAAUAUACUACAACUGAGAAACCCAUUGCUAUGGUGAAUCCCAGGCAACCUCUAGUCAUACAGUUAUUUACAGCAAACUUUGUUGUACUUAUUUUUAUGAAUGUAAAAACUAAAGCUUGUGAUCUUUUUAUGCUAAUUAAAAUUGUCUUCAGUA